GACACAUCGAGACACGGUGUCCACACAAUACCGUACAGCUCAGGAAAGCAAAGCAUUUUGGAAUAAAAGAAGAGGUCAUUGAAAACUGGGCAGAAUGAUGAAAUCAAAAUGUAUUUCACUUAUGUGGUGUAUUAGUAGCAUUUACGAAGUCAUAUUAAUAGAGAAGACUUGAAUUGAAAUGUGCUCUGCUGUAGAAUACCAAGAAAACGUUGGUUUCGUAGAAGAAUUUGUAGACAAUUCUUUGGCGGUUUCAACUAUUGCCACUAGCAUGCUCCAAUCAAUAGACUUUUCCUGUGCCAGUGCAUUCAUACUAAAAGGUGUAGAACCCAUUUGUUGUCAACUUGUUCCAUGUCGUAGGCGCACUAGAAUAAUGCAUGUCCACGUCCUUCUGCUCCGUCCGCAGUAUUUAUUUUGAACUUGUUUGCCCCGCACUCGUGCUGUUCACCUGCUGGGAGCCGAAGCAGACGCAACUGUGUCCACGACAAAUGCCGUAAUCACGGGAAUGUUCAGGUUGUCGUUUCCGAACGGAAGUCCUUCGGCGAUCGUGCACGCGAGGGCGCCUGCGAACAGCGUGGAAAGCGUAAACUCCACAGGGUUGCCAUCGGCCUCGUUGCCGUUGCCGUUGUCGUUGUCGCCGACCAACAGCAUCCCCCAGCCGAUUACCAGUGCGGUCCCGAAACACGCAAGGCAACCCGCCACCGACGAGGUCCGCGUCCCCCCGUUCUGGUCGGUCUCGAUCGUGUACAACCUGGGGGAACGAAUCGAGGACCCGAUCCACGAUGCCAUAGGAUCCGCCAGCGCCAGGCAUUCGACCGCGUAUCGAGCAAUCCGUAUGUCGCUCGUCACCAAUCCCGAUAUCGUGAUUGCGGUUCCGAUCAGGAAAUAAAAGGCUCCCGGGAGUACUUCUCCGGACAGUUCUUUGGGUCGCAGGAGGCCUCCGAAUGCCUUUAGGAACUGCUCGAAGAAAAAUGUUUUGGCUAGAUACAUGCCGAUCGAUCCGAUCAGCAGCAUCAGCAGUGAUAUCGAUUUAGGCAGCACGUACGAUAUUUGCACCAGCGCGUGCCCGGUUAGGGCGUGCUGGAAUCGCCGCUUCGUUUCUUUUUGUACGUUUGGUGCCCGUGCCACGAACCAUUGA